AAAAAAAAAAAAAAAAAGAAAGGGAAAAGAAAAGAAAAGAAAUAAAGUCCUAAAAAAAAAUGUCGAAAUUCGGAGUUCUAGUAAUGGGACCAGCCGGAGCAGGGAAAACCACCUUCUGCAACGGAAUUAUCCAACACCUCCAAAACACCCGCCGGAGCUGUUUCUACGUCAAUUUGGACCCAGCCGCCGAACACUUCGAGUACACUCCGGACCUGGACAUCCGGGAGCUGAUCACCCUGGAAGAUGUAAUGGAAGAGCUCGGGUUAGGCCCCAACGGAGGCCUGAUAUACUGUUUUGAAUUCCUACUCCAAAAUCUGGAUUUCCUGACGGAGGCCCUGGACCCGCUGAGCGAGGAGUAUCUCAUCAUCUUCGACAUGCCCGGUCAAAUCGAGCUAUACACACACGUGCCGCUGCUCCCUUCACUAGUCCAGUUCCUGUCUCGGGCUGGGCCUCUGAAUAUUAAUCUGUGUGCGGCUUACCUGGUGGAAAGUACGUUUGUGGUGGAUAAGGCCAAGUUCUUCGCGGGGACGCUGAGUGCCAUGUCGGCUAUGUUGAUGCUGGAAAUGCCCCACGUGAAUAUUCUCACCAAGAUGGACCAGGUCCGCGAUAUGGUUUCCCGGAAGGAAUUGAAACGCUUUGCGCGGGUGGAUGUGCAGCUGCUUCAGGAUCCAGAGCAUCAUGAGGAGGCGGAGAAGGAGGAGGAGGAGGAGGGGGAGGCCCAGCAUGCCACCGUGGCUAUUAACCCCAUGUCCAAGGAGUCGCUCAUGAGUGGGGGGUCGUUCAACCGGUUGAAUCGCGCGGUCGCGCAACUGAUCGAUGACUUCAGUAUGGUUUCUUUCCUCCAGUUGGAUGUGCAGGAUGAGGAUAGUGUGGCGGCUGUGCUGAGCCAUAUCGAUGAUGCCAUUCAGUACCAUGAGGCCCAGGAGCCCCGGGAACCGAAUGAUACCCAAGAAGUUGACUGGGAGGAUGCUGAUUGAGCGUACACCGAGAGACUGAACUAUUGACUACGAGAUAGACACAUCUCUCACUCUCUCUCUCUCUAUACCUAUCAUCUACGAAUGGAUCUAUUCCAUCACUCAAUUUCUGCACCUGUCGUCUCUACACAUACACACAAAACUCGAAGACUCUAUUCAAACCGAGAAUAAAUCAGAGACGAUUUACUGAGAGGAAUAAUGCAAGUUAGGGACAGAAGCUGAAGAUAACUAUUAUCUUAUCUCCCAGCGUGCCAAAGAGAAUGGAUGCACAUGUAGCACCCCCUCCAAAAAAACAACAUAAUCUAGUCAUCCAGCUAAUAUGAAUAUAACCAUUCAUGCACACAUACACACACACACACACACACGUCAUAAGAACAGUCGUAGAACCCUAAUCAAGGUGUAUAAAUAUUUCCCCAU